AUGAAGGUUCUCGAAGCCCAGUCUGCAGUACUCUCUAACUUUGAGGUCCAUCAGCAUGUCCUGCAACAGAGAGAGCAGUACAAGAAAAGUCGCCAUCGUGGCCCACCCAACUACGAAACUGUCGUCAAAGAGCUCAGCAGCUGGCUCGAGGCAUCGCCCAGUCCCAUGAGCCAAAAGCCCUCUCCAUAUACAGUUCAGUCCAUCCCCACGCUACUGGAACGCCUGCGGCCCUAUGAUCUGUCCAAGGGAGAGGUGGUCAUGAUCCUCAACCUCCGGCCUGCCAAUGUGGUUGCACUCAAUGUCAUUGUAGAGGACAUGGCCGAUCGUUUCGAUGAGACCCAGCAGGAGGAGCUUGUCACCAUCAUCACCGAGGUGCUGGGCGCCUUUGAACCAGCCAAAGAGGCUCCGCAGGAGAAUGGCGAAGGCGACGUUGCCAUGGACGACGCGGGCCAGGCCGCUUGA